AUGCAACUUCUCCCCAUCCUCCUGAGCAUCCCGCUCAUCGCAGCCCUCCCUACCCCCCCGGGCAUCCCCUCCGCAGCCACCGCCGAGUCCGAGCUGGCGUCGCUGACCGUGGCGCCUCAGGGUAGCGAAGAUGGCUACUCCCGCGAACUCUUCCCCCACUGGAUUAACCAGGGCAACCACUGCAACACCCGCGAUAUGGUCCUCGCGCGCGACGGCCAGGACGUCGUCCAGGAUGACGACUGCUACCCGACCAGCGGCACCUGGUACUCGCCCUACGACGGGACCACCUGGACCGAAGCCAAGAAGUUGGACAUCGACCAUUUCGUGCCUCUGGCGAACGCAUGGAGAUCCGGUGCAUCGGAGUGGAGUACGGCGCAGCGCACGGCGUUUGCGAAUGACUUGACGCAUCCGCAGCUGGUAGCCGUCUCGGAGAAAGCCAACCGGUCCAAGGGCGACAAGGGCCCAGAGGAAUGGAAACCUCCCCUUGCCUCGUUUCACUGCACGUAUGCGCGGAUGUGGGUCAGCGUCAAGAGCACGUAUGCGCUGACCAUCACCUCGGAGGAGAAGGAGGCUCUGGUGAGUAUGCUGGAUACUUGUUAG